CUUACUGAACUCCAUGACUAUGAUGUUAUUCCUGACCCUAAGGUCGUCGAAGCUGCUCUACGUGCUUGUCGGCGAGUGAACGAUCUUGCCCUAUGUGUAAGAUUCCUGGAGGCCAUCAAGAUCAAAUGUGGUUCAAAAAAGAAUAGAGAUGUUAUAUACCCUUACAUCAUUAACGAGGUGAAGCCAGUACUCGCUGAGCUCGGAAUUCCAACUCCCGAAGAGCUCGGCUUUGAUAAGCCAGAAUUCUUCAUUCCUCAGCCUGACUAUUGGUGGGAGAAGAAAUGGUACGCCGAGUACGGAUACGACAAGAAGCCUGCCUUCCAGUAUUGA